AUGAACGGGACCGGAGGUGGUGAGACGACGGCAAGACGUAACGGUCCUCUGCCUAACAACGUCCAGGUCGCUAAAAGUUAUGUCUUCGAGCAAGAGAUUCAGAGAUGUCUACGGGAGACCGGAGUCAGCCAACAGAGGGAAGACAGCAUUAGGCUGGCUGGCGUGCAAUGGAUUGACAAUGUCCGACGGGCAUUGAAAUUACCAGUCAAGACAUUCAACACCGCGGUUGUUUACUACCACAAAUUUCGAUUACAACAUUCCGAUGGAGAGUAUAGUUUUGAUGCCGCCGCCGCCGCUUUAUUUACCGCCUGCAAAAUCGAAGAUACGCUGAAGAAAUCUCGAGAUAUUCUCUGUGCAGCCCACAAUCUGAAGGUUCCACGCCAGGAUCAACUGUCGGCAGAUAACCCCAUCUUCGAGCACCAAUCACGCACAGUCAUCGGUCUGGAGCGACUAAUGCUCGAGGCAUCCGGUUUUGACUUCCGUAAUCGCCACCCACAAGAACUGAUGAUCAAGCUGGCCAAAUUCUACGGUUUCGAGAAGACCGCGCCGGUCGUAAAGACCGCGUACAUCAUGACUUUAGACCUCUACCGCACUUUCGCGCCACUCAAGCAACAAACCGCCACCUUGGCUUUCUCGUGUCUUGAACUCGCAGGACGGCUAUUAGACCAAGAACAUGAAGAUAUCUGGCAAGGGAAGGACUACGCCAAAUGGAAAAUCGAUCGGAGAAUGGUGAUGGAAACACUCCUUGACCUCCUCGAACUAUACACGCACCACCGCACCUCGACGGCCAUUGGGCCUAACUUCCCCGUUGACCGCUUCCUCGAAGUCCGCAUCCCACUCAAUCUCGAAUCCGAAGAGAAAGACAUCCCCCGCUACACGGCCUGGAACGCGACGUCCAAGGACAACGACGGCAUGGGGCCCUUCGGCAACGGCGUCAACGGCGCAGCUGCCAAUGGCUCGCACUCUCAUUCCCGUGGCUCUAGCAAGAACGUGAGUCCCAAGGACGUCACGAGCCCCAGCACAAACAGCAGUUCGGGCGUCGCCAGCGGUACGACGGCAGCGACCAGUCUCAUUGGCGGCGUUGCGACGGGGAGGCAGCGCGUCGGCGAACGCGGCCGUGAAGGCACUGUCCGAUUCAUAUUGAACCCGGACCGGGAGCGAAAAGAGAAGAACAUCGUGGACUUGUUUCGUGGUGAUUGA